AUGUCGUUGAAUGAAGAAGAUAAAGAAUGGCUUGGUCUGGCAGUUGAAAAGCAAUAUUUUAAAUUUUUUGAUUAUAAAUAUUUCGACCAAUUUCAAUAUAUUGCAGGAGGGACUUUUGGGUACUCAGAUGUUGUUGGUAAUGUAGUUCAACCUUUCUUACCCCUAAUCACAUCCCUGACCAUUAUAAUUGCUGAAACAACUGAAAUUUACGAAUGUGCCAAGUAUAAUAAAAAUAUCUGUAGCUCUCUAAUGGAUCGUGUUAAUGCUGCUGAUGUGGCAAUCAAAACUUUAGAGAGAAAGAAAGGCUACAAUGGGCAGAAUUUUCGUAGCGAAGUUUACUACAAAACUUUCAUACGUUUUGUAGAUGUAAUGACUAGAAUAAAAAAUUACAUUCAUGAUGUUUCUACCCUUACUGGGUUUAAAAGGUUUACAACCGCCAAUUCUGCUAGAAAAAAGUUUAAUUUGUUAAUCGGUGAAUUCGAAGCUACCAUGAAUGACUUACAUUUUUCCACGACUAUCGUUAGCCAAGAGCAAAGUAUAAUUGAUGCAGAACGUCUCGACUGUGACCUUAAGAAUAUGUCAAAGUUUAUGGAAACUAUUGGUAAUGGUGUUAUUGAUGCUAAUAAUAAUAUUAACGUCAUUCUUGAAGAAGUUUUAAGUAUAAAACAAAAAAUAACUAAUCUGGAAACUAAUAAAAAGAAACAAAAUUUCGUUGCCAAGAAUCUGAAAGUGAAUCAUAUAGAACCAAAUAAGUUAAAAGAACCUCUUAUUAGAAAGGAAACCGACAGACGAGGUCAGACUGUUAAGAAAAUGUAUGAUUUAAUGGAUGUUGCUUGUAAACACGUGGAGAUUAUAGGGGAUAACACUCCAGAAAGUCAAAACCUUCAGAGAGAACUUGCUAUAUUAGGAAAAUUAAAAGGUUCUCCUAAUAUUAUUAAAUUUUUUGGUCUUUCAAGAAUAUCCGACUACCAGGUUAUGGUCUUUGAAUGGGCAGAGCUUGGUACACUUAAAGAAUUAUAUGAAAAAUAUGAUAUUGGAUGGUGCCAAAAGGUUCAAAUAGCACUUGACAUCUGUCGUGGUCUCGUGUUCUUGCAUACUUGUGAAAUCCUUCAUCAUGAUAUUAGAUGCGCCAAUAUUCUAAUGACUUCACGACUCGAAGCAAAAAUAGCGAAUUUUAAAUAUUCUCGUCACGAUAAAUCGAAAACAACGGAAGUAAAAGGUUUAGUGGAAAUAGUUCGUUGGAUGGCUCCAGAGAAAUUGGCCGAGACAUUUCAGAAAACAGUGCGUUAUUCAUUUCAAUGCGAAAUAUAUAGCUUUGGCAUGCUUCUUUGGGAACUUGCGUUUGAAAGAUACCCGUAUAAAUAUAUUGAUGUACAUAAGAUUAAGGAGCACGUUUUAAAUGGUGGUCGAGAAAGGAUUUCUUGGUGUAAUAGUUCGCCGGAUGUCCAAAGGAUCCAGAAAAAAUUCGAAAAAAUUAUAAUUUCAGCUUGGCAACAAGAUUUAUCUCUUAGAGCCUCUCUUUUAGAAAUAUUCCUAAAAUUGUCUAAGCUGUCCUCGGAGUGUGCGAAAUUAGGCUCUGCCUUCCAACUACUACCUGAUGGGACAAUAGAUUUAGAAGGGCCCAAAUCAAAAAAUCUAAUCGAGAACGAGUUUCCUAAAAUUGGGGAUUUUAGCUUUCCACUAAUUAUGCCUCUCGAAGAAGGAAUUGGGGACUUUAGCUUUCCAUUAAUCAUGCCUCUCGAAGAAGGAAUCAAGGCGCAUAGAAGAGGAGAACGAACUACUGCUUGGAAAUGUUUCAAUGAUAAUUCUAACCUAGGAAAUACAACCGCGAAAUAUUGGUUGGGACAUUACUUGCGUGAAGGAUAUCCUUCUGGAAUUAGAGACCUCACUAGGGCACAUCAACUAUUAAAAGAAGCAGCUGACGACGAGAUUCCUGAUGCUCAGUUUCGUUAUGCCCUUUCAUUACUCAGUACGCCGGGAGUUAAGUUUGACAGAACGAUGUUUACCGAAUACCUUACGAAGGCUGCAGAUGCUGGAAACGUAGCAGCUCAAUAUAUUUUGGGUGAUAUGUACCUAAAUGGAAAGUUAUUAUGUCCAAUAUAUAAGGCAACUGGAAUGAAAUACAUAAGAUUGGCUGCUAUUGGUGAUCAUCCUGAAGCUAUAAAACUUCUCACAAAGGAAAAAAGUAACUUAUAG